ACAAAGGGAAUGUUGAGAGUUUCUCUUCUCCUGGGCCUUGUGCUUCUUCACCCAGCAGUGGUGACUCCCAGGACACAAUCAUACUUCCUGUUAGUCCUGCUUCGAAGCGUCAGCGGCUGGAUGACGAGGCUAAGCAUUUGGUGAAAGACAUUCUUUCCAAAAAGCCUGGGGGAGAAAGGGUAAUAAUGGAGUACAAUCGAACUAAGUCUUUGGCAGAUGACACCCGAAAAAAAAUGGUGAACAUUCUUGCUGCUGAUAUGACAGAGAAAAAUGGUACAUCUCCACCCAGACGAGUGAAAGAAAAAUAUGCCAGAGGAAUUGUGAGCUUGUUCCCCCAUCUCUGGGACCCCUUCUCAGAAAAUGGACACGAGCAUUAUUAUGAUGGUAAAAGUGACAGUGGCUACUUGGCUUGGAGGCUUAAAUACAUUCAAAGAUGCAAUGCCCAAGAAAGAAAAUCAAUUGAAGCCUCCUCCACUGAAGGAAUGAGCGGUGACGAACUGUUGGGAGGACCAACAGCCAGGCGGGAGUCCCAGUAUCUUCCAGAGCCACCAAUGAGUGAAGAAGAAUGUCGAGAAGCCAUGUCCCUGAUGAAACACUCCUCUGAUGAAAACACAGUGAAGAAGAAAAUGAAGCAAACGUUUGCUCAUCGUCGAAGCAUGGUCCUGGACCCCCAGUUGUCAAGCAACAUACUGUCACACUUCCCUCGAUUCAAAGACGUCAAAGGAUUGAUUGAACAAGAUUUUGUUCUGAUGUUUGGUGAGGAUGUAUCUGUAUCUGGCAAGUUUCUGGAGAAAUGGCCAACAAUGUUCAAGGAGAAGAUAAUCAAGCAGUGCAGAAAGCUUCCCUCCACCACAGAGCUAAAUGACCUCCUAUUGGCUGCAGAUCCUCAGGAGGAUGAUGCUGAUGGUGCUGACUUUGGCUGGGAUAGUGACUUUGCUUCUAUUUUGUUGCUUCUGCAUCUUGUUCCACCCACUGCUCAAGGCCGUAAGAAACCGGGGAAGAUGUCAGCAUCUCAAGCAGAAAAACAUCUUGUGGUCUUCAAGAAGAGUGGCACAAGUAUCGAAGAACAUCUCGACACCAUCACUUCUAGCACUCAGCCUUAUCUCCUUGCUGUUGGCACCCAAAGGAACAGGAUCAGCCAGUACUUCAUUAUCCUGGACAAGACUGCCAUCCCCUGUAUGUCUAACUCCUCUUUAAGUUCUUUUGAUGAGUUGUUUAAGGCACAUUUUGUGUUUGGCACAUCAUACCACACCAUGUUGUACAACAUGUACACAUUCAUUCAGACCACAAUUUACAAUAUUGAUGUUGGCAAGGUGAGGGAGAGACCCCGUAUUGCAGAAAUAAGAGCAAGGUUACUUCAUUAGUGUUUCUAUGAAGUGCAGUGUUUGCCGAGCUGAGUUCCAGAGUUCAAAUUUGCUUGUUAGGCAUAUCAAACUGUUCCAUGGGUUUCUUCCAGGAAAAACCCUCCGUCUUAGAUGUGUUGAGACUGGAUGUGGUCGUGUGUUUGGUUCCUUCUCUGGGUUUAGAAAGCACUUAAAUGCCAAGCACAGUGACCAUAGUGCAACAGCUACUGAAUUGGCUGAUGUUGUCCCAGAUGUUGGUGGCAGUUGUCAAAGUGAGACACACAUGGGUUACAUGGAAGAGAGAACUUCAGAUGAGCUUCAACCUUCUAACAAGAGCACUCUAGAUAUAUGCGCCUCUGCAGUUGCACAGCUUAAGGCAGCUGGUUUAAGUCAGUCAACCCUGAAUGGUUUUGUUUCUUGCAUGGAGGAAGCUUUUACUGAGAUCCACAUUCAGGCUAAAAAUGCAGCUUUACAGUGUUUGUCUUCACAGGAUACAGAAAUUAUGAACAAAAUUGAGCAGUCCUUUCAUAUGCUUGAGAAUCCAUUUACACCCAUAAAUUCAGAAAGUAAACGAGUAAAACAUUUUGCUGAGAAAUGGAAAAUUGUUGACCCAGUUGAAAAGGUUCUUGGCACACGAUUUGAUAGUAGAAGAAACAAAUCUACUGGUACCUAUGAGCAAGUUGUUGUUACUGAUAAAUUUGCAUACAUCCCAAUUUUGGAAACCCUAAAAACUGUUUAUCUAAACCCUAAUCUGGCCGUAAUUUUAAACAGUCCACAUAAUGAAAAUGAAGGCACAUAUUCGGACAUAAUGGAUGCCACCUAUCUGAAAGAAAAUCUUCUCUUCUCUCAGAAGAUAGAUGCUUUGCAGAUUCAGUUGUUUUAUGAUGAUUUUGAAACUGCAAAUCCUCUAGGCUCCAAAAAGGGGAUUCACAAAUUGGGUGCCAUUUAUUUUACAUUGAGGAAUUUCCCACCGGUUUAUAAUUCUUCACUAUCAAAUAUUUACUUGUGUGCUCUUUUUCAUGCCCAAGAUGUC